GUCUACUGUGAGCAGCAGCCUGCUGAGGAGGAGGAGGAGGAAGAAGUGGUUCAGCAGGAAGUGGAUGCAGUGAUCAUGGAGGAAGAGGUGGAAGAGGAGGAGGGGGUAGUGCUGCAGGAGGAAGGCUGUCCUGCAGUAAUUGUAGAGGAGGUGCCCAGCGCUCAGGUGGAGGAGUGCUACUCUGCUCAGGUGUUGGUCUACGACGAUGAGACGUACCUGAUGCAGGAUGUGGCUGAGGAGCAGGAGGUGGUCACAGAGGUGACGGAGACUGUGGAGAUGUCAGGUCACGACAUGGUGUGUUUCGACAAAACGUUUGAAGCCGCUGAAGCGCUUCUGCACAUGGAGUCUCCCGGAGGGAUGCACAGUGAACGCAGCACAGGUAAACAGGCUGAUGAAUGA